AUGAAUGAUGAUAAUAAUGUACUAAUCGCUGAUGCUAAGAUAUACAUUAGUAUCGUCUAUUUGCUUUCAUCUACUACAAAUGUUGAUGUUGAUGACUUAUCCAAUGUCUUUAAUUCCUUGGGUUCAGACAUGGAUGUUGGAAAACCCCAUACAUACACAAAUCUUCAUAAUAUACUAGGCUUAUUGCUCAUAUAUCCAACUCGCUCAUAUAUCUCAAUCGAGAAUAUUGCAAGGUUUGCACAGGGAGUUGUGAAUUAUGCAAAUUCCCCAGAGGAUCGAAGUCUAAAUGCUUCUGAAGGGUUGUACGAAGACUUAGAAGAAUUUGCCAAUUGGAUCUCGAGUCGGUUCAAAAUAGAUGACAGUGCUAUAUUGUCGCUAGAUGAUGGUCUAUUGGUCCAAGCUGCGUAUGAUUUGGCUUUAGAUAAUAGGUUACAAUGUGAACAGUACGGAUAUACAUUAACCACUAACCAGUCAAACAAUGAAUUGCUCUUCCAGUUCGUUCAAGCGAAGGCUUUAUUCUUAUCGAAGUACUGCACUGAGAUAGGUGUUUUAAAUCCAUUGUUUGAGAUAUUAGAAGGAUAUGCUCCAUUUGAUAAAUGGUAUCGAGGCAUUAUAGUCCCGUUCAUGUACUACUGGGACAAUUAUGGGUCACUUAAUAGCAAUUCGCUAUUGGAUCUUUUCCAAUUUUUAAAGUCGGAAUCGUUCAAUGAAAUGUUGCAUAUACUCAUUGAACCUUUGAAUCUGCCGGCUUAUAGUGAAAAAUUGUCUGUUAGCAAUUGGGUUUCUAAGGUCAUUAUGCCGUUAGUUGUUUAUCAAGGCUAUGAUUUUAAACCAUUAUUAGAAUGGCUAUACUUUAGAGGAGAUUGGAAUGUUCAAGAACCUUCGAAGAAAUAUAAAAUAUGGAAUAAUGCAAUACGAUCCAUUAUAUCUUUUAAGGAUUAUAAUAAUGAUGUUCUAGAGAUUUCAAACUAUGAGAAUAUUCUAAGAUUUUUUUUGGGUUCAUGCUACUAUUACGCAAUAUUUUAUGAAACAGUUGAAAAGGUCUCAUCGAUAGAAAUGUUAAAAUUAUAUGAUUCCAUAAAGGAUAGUUUGGACGUAAUCAAGAAACGAGUGGGAUCUCCGCAUAGUGGAAAAACUGACUAUGCUAUAGAUAAACUAGAUUUUGAUUCUUUGGAUAAUUCAUCUGAUCUUGAUGCAUUUAUGAAUGACCCUUCAAACCCAUUUGCACAGUUAUUCAACCCUAGUCCCUCGUCGAUUAGUUUUCUUCACGAAGCUAUAAUAACUUGUGAGAGGUUAUACCCUACAAAUAAAUUCACGAUUCUUGAGUUUUUGAAAUUAAAGUAUUCAACCGCGUCCGAUUUCUCAUAUGGUGAGCGAGAGGUAGCUAAAAUAAUGACGAAUCUCAAUACUAAUAACUGGACCAUGAUUUUAUCGUCUGCUCGCUUAUUCACUGAUUCAUUUAUUGCAAACGAUGAAGCAAAUAACGAAUCUAUAAAUAAGCUUAUUAUUGAUAGAUUUUUAUUCAAUAAUCUAUUUGAUGUAGUCGGUGACUUCUAUGAGAAGGGAGAGUUGUCCAUCUCUGUUGAUGCUCUAUUUUCUAUAAUUCUGAAAAAGUUUUGGGAAUCAUUUAAUAAAGCGUCGAACUUUAAUAACAAAAUCGGAAGAUUACAUGAAGCUUCUCAAAGUAUUGAACUAUAUGAUAAAAUUUCGACUGAUGAACAAUUAUCAGCUAUUAACAAAGAAGAAAUCAUAAGAAUAAAGCAUUUAUUUAAGGCUGUGUCCAAUAUCAAGAACUUUAAGAUUGUUAUUCAAAAGGGAUCCCCUUUUGUUCCUUCUGACUUAAUCAGCCAAUUCAGCUCCGUCUCCCUGAUGGGUGCUCUUGAUUUGGAUGAACAAAAGCGGUCACCUAUGGCGUUAAUUUCUACCAUUCUAGAACAGAACCCAAAAUCAUACUUGGCAUUCGAAAAAUUAUACAAAAUUUUGAAUGAUCUCCUUAUAUUCUUCAAUGAUAACCGGUCAGAGCCUACGUUUUAUUUCAACAAAUUGAAAUCUAUUUGCAUUGAGUCAGCAUUAGUUGAUAACAAUUUUCAAUUUGCAUAUAGGCAAUCUAAUGAACUACUUGAUCAUUAUUCGGUCGACCUGAACAAAAACUUGAAUGACUUUUGGCUCACGUUCUAUCAAGUGGGUAAAUUUAUUUCCCCUGAAUGGUUUAAUGAAUCUCGUUCUCCACAAAACGAUAAGAUUGACAUAUUAAUAAAGCAGAGAGAAAUAUUAUCCAAAACCCUCAAAUACUCUAAACCAUCAGAUACUUCUAUUGACAAUAGUAGACUCAUAUUAAAACAAUGGGAAAGCAUUAAUAGCCAAAUCGAAGACUGGUACAUAAAUCUGCAACAAGGUUACUACACCAAGGGCUUAUCUUCUACGACUGACGCUGUUCCUGAACGUAUGGCUACUUUAGCUAGUGACAUUAUGAAUGAUGCGUCAAAUACUACAACACAGGCUAGUGACAAGUUAUCUAAUUUAUUCGUAUCUGGUUUAGGGUGGGCACUAGGUGCAAAUCCACAAUGA